UUCCGGGUUAGCUGCUGCCCCGGAAGUAGUUCUAGGCGGUUCUGUCAACAUUGGCUAGCCUGCUUAGAUAAACCUUACUCAAAAGCAUUGUAGCUAUAUUUAUUUACAAAUAUAUCUUCACUAUAAUUGGCGUAGAUUAUUUCCAUCCCGUGAUAACGUAGAUAUGGAACUAUUAAACCAGCCAGACGUGAAGUUACAAACGACAAGUUAAGCUAACAUUAUUAGCUAGCUAAGUACCGUUAGCUAGCUCAGUAUGCUAUGCUAACUUAGCCUGCUAUCUAUUUUUGCAAAACAGCUGUGAUUUCUCUUUGCAAAGCAACAUUUGAACUGAUUGCUUGCUACAGCCAGAGAACCACAUUUUCUCGGCUAUUUUUUUGUUGUCGCUUCGGCUCACACAAUGUAUGAGGAUUUUGAUGAACCCCAGGCAAACCUACUGGUUCCUGACUGUGUCCAUGGUGACCAGAGAACCAGCGGCCCAGAGAUGGUUCCUAGGAGCCUUGACUACUUCAGUGACUUUCUAAGAUUGAGAGGAGAGACAGGAGAGAGUUCCAGCCGUCACUCUGACAGUGAGGGGACAAGUUCAACCUCAGGGGAACCUGAACAACAGGAGGACAAUCACACAGACAAGAACACACACAGCUGCAGAGAGUGUGGAGAGGAGUUCCCUACCCAGCAUUAUCUAAGAAAACAUCGUAACACAACACACACAGGAGAGAAGAAGACCAGUCCCAAGCCCAGGAAGAGCUACAGCUGCCUGGACUGUGGGAAGGAGUUCCCAUGUCCGUCUAAACUACAACGACACCUUCUGACUCACACAGGAGAGAGGCCCUGCUUCUGUUCUGACUGUGGGAAGAGUUUCACUCGGGAGGAACAUCUGAAGACACACCAGCGGUUCCACUGUUCUAAUGGGGAGGGCAGUCCCUCUAUAUCGGGAGAUCCUGAACAGGCAAAGAACUGCUGCCUGGAAUGUGGAAGAGAGUUCUCUAGCGCUUACAAACUACGCAGACACCUGCUGACACACACGGGAGAAAAACCUCACUCUUGCUCCGUGUGUGGGAAGAGUUAUACUUAUCUACACACCUUGAAAUCACAUGAGCUGAAACACACCGGGAGAGAAGUCUUACAAAUGUUCCGUGUGUGA